AUGACGGAGCAAGUGAAAUUCGUGAUUUCCAAACUGAAUGAGCCUCCAUUCGAGAAGAAGUUCAAUCUGAUCAACUUCGAUGCUCUCCGUCCCGAGCAGCUAUUGCAAGUGCUUUUCGAUACUCUUGCCUAUGUCGAUCCGAAGGCAAAGUCUGACUUGCGAAAUGAGGAUGCUGAACAACUCUCGAUAAAAGCACUCAACCUACUCCGAGUGAUGAAGUACAAGCCUCCACCAGACAUCUCUCUGAGCGCAUUCCGCCAAGGACUCGUACUCGGGGACAAAGGAAUCAUUUAUCAUAUCUUGGCGUUCGUCCUCGCUAAUCUCGAGCACCACAAGAAGAGAGCCUACAUAGCCAGGUAUAUCAUGAAAGUGGAAGUCAGUCCCGACCUCGAGGGCGACGCGGACCUCGUCGAUAUCCAAGACGAAUACGACAAACUCAUCGAUCAGUUCAAGUCGAUCCACAAAGAGCAUGAAAACCUGAGUGAGUCCGGUCAGAGUUUGCAAGAGAUCCAAAAAGACAUGGAGCACAUGGAGGAAGAAAGGCAGCAGUUGGGACGGAAAAUCGAUCGCGUGAAGAGGAGAGUUUCUAAUAUUUAUAACAAGGAUGCAAUGUUGGAGGCCGCCGCAAAACUCCGAAUGGAGCAGGAUAGGGCCGAGGGAUUAGCCCAGGAUCGAAUGAUGCAGCGUGAUACGCUCGCUCAUAGCGAACAGAAAAUAAAUCGGCUCAACCAAAUGGUGAAAAUCGAGCGGCAAACUGCGGUCGGGGCGAGUCCAGAGAGUUUGCUGGCCAAACUCACCGAAGAAGUGAAAGCAAACACCUAUCUGGUUCAAGAGAAGCUCCCUAAAGAGAUCCGCUCUGGUCGCUUGCUGCUGAAAGAUCUGCAGAGGGCAGUCGCGGAGCCCACCAUUUCUCAAGACAUGACCGAAAAGAUCAAAAAUCAAUUAGCCGAGACAAACGCCGAAGUUGGUCGACUCUACGAGAAGAAAAUGCGCCGGAGUGAUCCCGACGAGAAGCAAAUCCUUUUCAGACAGCAGGCGGCAAUCGUUUCACGCAAGAAAGAAGCGGCCGCAGAGCAAAUGGAGCGAUUGCAAGCUGAGCUCUCGCAAGUUCUCUCCGAGCUCGAGGACAAACGGCAGAAAAGCGCGGCGUACGCCGACACCCAUGCGGUUUUGCGAGGAGAAGAGUUCAAACAGUAUGUCACCAAACUGAGAGCGAAAACGAACACCUACAAACAAUUCAAACAGGAUCUCGAAGAGUUGAGGGCUGAGACGGAGAAAAUCGCGGCCGAAGAAGAUGAGCUUCUGCAGCGCGAAAAAGAAGCCACUGAAAACCUUAUCACGGCUGAACACAGUAAAGGCGUGGGCGGAUAUUCCGACGCCCAGAGCAAACUAGAGCACAUAUCCACUCUGAAAGCUCGUCUGGACCAACAGAAGGGAGCGACUCUCGAAGAAAUGUCGCAGAUGGUCGAACAACUCAAUGCACACAUAGCUGCCAAGAAAACCGAGUUGGCCCCUCUCAUAAAGGAGCUUAAGCCGUUGCGGCAGAAAAUUUUUGAGCUUCAUGAGGAAUACGAGGACAAAAAGAACACCUACAAUUCUUGCGCGAUGGGUCUCGACACCUCUAUGGCCAAAUUGGAGCUCGAUGUUCAACAACUGAGAGAGCGAGUGGCCUCCCAUGAGUCGAAAUAUCAUUUGAAUAACCGGGAGAGAAGACUGGAAGAACUCAAGAUGGAAAUCAUGAUAAAAGCCGAGCUGGCCGCCUACAAGAGUUCGGAUCCGAAGAUAAAGAAGCAGACUUUUCGCGAGAAACUCAAUGCGGCCAUAUACGAUCAGGAAACGGACGCAAAAGAGUUGCGAGAGCGGCAGAAGGACGUCAAUCAGAAUCAGGACAAUCUCGCUAAUCAGCUGAAGAUGUGGACCGACUUGACCAAACUGCUGGAAGUCAAGAUACGUAGUUUCAAGCAAUCCCAGGGCUUGUCGAUGAUUUGAGUCUCCUGAUUCGCCAAUCAAUCCUGUUGGAAUACCCGCUUUUGAUUCCCGUAGUGUGGGAUUCGAGUCCCUGUAUAUGGUACGUUCGGAGCACGCCCAUGCACGACCUCGCGGGUGAACAGAUUUAAUUUAUUGAGUUCAUCGUGUUGAGUCAAACUGAAAUAAAUCC